UAAACAUCAUAUUCAAGAGUGCAACAUUGUACUCCAGUUAAUCAAUACAGUACUUUAAGUUGCUGCUACAAUAAUGGAAAAGUAUGAAAAAUUAGCUAAGAUUGGAGAAGGGUCUUAUGGGGUUGUAUUCAAAUGCAGAAACAAAACGUCUGGACAAGUGGUAGCUAUUAAGAAAUUUGUGGAAUCUGAAGAGGAUCCUGUUAUUAAGAAAAUAGCACUAAGAGAAAUACGUAUGUUGAAGCAAUUAAAACACCCAAACCUUGUGAACCUCAUUGAGGUGUUCAGGAGAAAGAGGAAAAUACAUUUAGUCUUUGAAUACUGUGAUCACACACUUUUAAAUGAGCUGGAAAGAAGUCCAAAUGGAGUUGCUGAUGGAGUGAUUAAAAGUGUAUUAUGGCAAACACUUCAAGCUCUUAAUUUCUGUCAUCAACAUAACUGUAUUCACAGAGAUGUAAAACCUGAAAAUAUUCUAAUAACUAAACAAGGAAUAAUCAAGAUAUGUGACUUUGGAUUUGCACGAAUUCUGAUUCCAGGAGAUGCCUACACUGACUAUGUCGCUACGAGAUGGUACCGAGCUCCUGAGCUUCUUGUGGGAGACACUCAGUACGGCUCUUCAGUCGACAUAUGGGCUACCGGCUGCGUGUUUGCAGAGCUCCUGACCAGCCAGCCGCUCUGGCCGGGAAAAUCAGAUGUGGAUCAACUUUAUCUGAUCAUCAGGACUCUGGGAAAACUAAUCCCAAGACAUCAGUCCAUCUUUAAAAGUAACCAAUUUUUCCAUGGCAUCAGUAUUCCUGAACCAGAAGACAUGGAAACUCUUGACGAAAAAUUUUCAGAUGCUCAUCCCAUGGCUUUGAAUUUUAUGAAGGAGUGUCUGAAGAUGAAUCCAGAUGACAGAUUAACCUGUGCCCAACUCCUGGAGAGCCCCUACUUUGAUUCUCUCCGAGAAGACCAAAUUAAAAGAAAAGCACGUAAUGAAGGAAGAAGCAGAAAACAUCAGCAGAAUCAACUGUUGCCUCUCAUACCAGGAAGCCACACCUCCCCCACACCUGAUGGAAGAAAACAAGUCCUCCAGUUAAAAUUUGAUCAUCUUCCAAACAUUUAGGAAAAUGUACUUUCAAGUGGAAAGUAAUUUAAUAUGUACACAUUUUUGUACAAGGGAGAUAGGAAUUCUCAGUGUUUCAAAUGCAAAUGAGCCAUAUGAAAAUUAAGAUGCCUUCUAGAAUUGUUUUGCUCUGAUCAUUACUGAUUCCUCUGCCCAGGCUUUUCACAUGCCAGCUUUAUCUCUUAGAACAUUUUCUUAAAAUGUUAUAAAGUCUGAAACUGCACAUAUGGAGGAGAUAUUUUCAAUCUCAUCAGAGCAGCCCCUCAGGCAAUUUAUAUUGAGAAUUUGUGGGCUUUUACUUUGAUUUAUGAACAAGAUUUGCAUAUACCAUCUUGCUUCAGCUGACCACAUACUGUCUUAGAGCAAUAUCAAAUAGCUUGCCUCGCUGCUGUUUGUGUGAGAAAUGACAUUAUGUUUCUGCAUUUUAAUUCACUCUUAUUGUAACCAGGUCUGUUGAGUAAUGCUGCUAUUUUAUUGGGUUUUCGUAUUGGUAUAGGAAGGGAACUUUAAAAUGUCAUUUAUGUUUAUUUUUUGAUUCCAGGGUAGACUCUGCUUUCUCUUUCUCAUGAGACAUUGAUGUUUCUGUUUUUAAAGCUAGCAGGAGAAAAUGUUGUAUAUUUACACAGCAAAUAGUGGAUGAGCUACAAGGAAUUACCAUCUUCAUAAUACCCUGGGAUAAUGGGCUGCUGACUCUAAUGCUGUCCUUUGGUGCAUCAUGGUUUGUUCUCCUUUUCUCCUCCUGGCUACAUCUCGGUACCUAAACCUAUCCUCCUGGCUGUAUUUUCCAAAUAGUUUAUCAUCAACAGUCUCUUCCAAACAUUUGCAUGCACAGCUUCUAUGAACUUGUGCCGCCCUAAACUUGAGCAUCAUGGUCAAGUCAGGCCUGUGAACACUUCUGAGAGCAGGAAGAUUCUCUUUCAGUUACCUUCAUUUUGUGUCUCUUACCAAAAAAAAGAAGCAAACAAACAAAACACCUCAAUAGGUGAGCCCAGUUUACACUGGGAUAUUUUCCCAAGUAAGCUUGACAGACCUAUCUACAUACAAACAUAUGUACAUAUAUACACAUAUAUGUUUAUUUUUAUUUUUUUUA